AUGGAGGACCUGGCACCUUCCGGCUUCAAGAUGGCGAACCGGAAGCGAGGACUUGGCCUGAGGCACAGCCUACUCGCCCUCCGCAGCCUCGCCCGCUUCCACGCCGCCUCGCACGCGCUCUUGCAGCGCCAACCGGAACUAACGGAGAAGUUGGGCAACACGUGGAGAGCGAUGUACAACACGAUGGAGACCUUCGUCGUUGCCAUUGAUACGUUCACUGAGCUAAAUGACGCUAAGCCUGGUGCUUUCAACGUCAUCACCCACGGAGACUACUGGUCGCCGACGCUGGAGGCGCUACUUGCGGCUGUGGACUUGCACGGUCCGUUCUCGCUGUUCUUGGCGCCAGCCAGGCCCAUUGUCAGGGCAGAGAAACCCGUUGACCUGAACGCCAUGUACGAAGGGGACCACUCCAGCCUGUUGCCUCUUUACCAGCAGGCAGAGGUCAAGAAAUGGAUGCAGCGCGUUUUACCGGACUACGCCCGCAGGGAUUGCAUCCUGUUUAACUACCGCACUCCUCGCGUCUCUUUUUGGAACUUUCUCUGGUUUGCUCGGCGUCUGGUGCGAUUUGGUACUUUUGUGCAGUUUCGACAGUGUUCUAAAGAGUUGAAUUGUUAUGUGAAAAAUAAGCCUACUAACGACUUAGAGAUGGUCGAAACCAAGCAAGCUGAGAAGCCACAGGCCGAAACGCGUCCUCCGCCAUCUUGGUUAAACAAGGAACUGAUUCAACAAGCGCUGCGCAACGGCGGAGAUAGCAACUCGCACGUGGAAACAAUUGACGUGAGCAUGCCAGUUGCUGCGGGGGAAAACUUUAUCAGCGCCGUCUACCGAGCGAAGGCCACACUCACUGAUGGGCAAGAGCGAUCUUUCAUUAUUAAGGGCCCAGCAGCAGGAGCAGCUUUGUCCAGUGUGACAAAUGAAGUCAGAACCUUUGAAAGAGAAGUCACGAUGUUGGCGCAAGUUAUUCCGCAGAUGGAGGCCAUGUUAGAAAAAGCAGCCCCUGGACGGUUCCCACCUUUGGCUCCACAUUGCUACCUCCACGGCACCUCCCCGGUGGACUUCAUCGUGCUGGAGGACCUGGCUCCUCUCGGCUUCAAGAUGGCCGACCGGAAGCGGGGCCUGGGCCUGAGGCACAGCCUGCUCGCCCUCCGAAGCCUCGCCCGCUUCCACGCCGCCUCGCACGCGCUCUUGCAGCGACAACCGGAACUGGCGGAGACGCUAGACAACACGUGGAGGGCCAGCCACCAGAGCAUGGGGGCUUUCGUCGAAGGGAAGAUCCAAGCGGCUGUCGAAGCCUGCCGGUCGUGGCCUGGCUUUGAAGACUGCGCCCACCGACUGGAGAAGUUCAAGGCCGUCGCCCUGGAUACGUUUGCCCAGCUAAAUGAUCCGAAGGAUGGUGCAUUCAACGUCAUCACCCACGGAGACUACUGGGUUAACAACAUGAUGUUCUGCUAUGAAGACCAAGCGGUGAAAGGACAUCGAGCACUUGAUUUGCAAAUCGCCCACGUUGCAUCUCCCGUCAUUGACGUGCUCGACUUCCUGGUAAGUAGCCUCAACGACCACAUCCACGAGAGCCACCAAGAUCUGCUGCUGCGGGAGUACCACUGGGAACUCAAGGAGACCUUGGAGCUGCUUGGACUUCAGGCGCCGUCGCUGGAGGCGCUGCUGUCGGCCGUGGACGUCCACGGGCCGUGCUCGCUGUACGGAAUGAUUAGCAGGCCCGUCCUCAAGGCGGAGAAAGGGCUGGACGUCAGCGGAGUCUACGCCGGGGACCAUUCCUGCCUGGUGCCCGUUUAUGAGCAGCCCGAUGUCAAGAAAAAGAAGCCAAGAAACGAUUUAACGAUGGUCGAAACCAAGCAAGCUCAGGAGCCACGAGGGGACACCCGUCCGCCGCCAUCUUGGUUAAACAAGGAGCUGAUUCAACAAGCGCUGCGCAACACCGGAGACAGCAACUCGCAGGUGGAAACAUUUGACGUGAGCGUGCCUGUCGCCGCGGGCGACAACUACGGCAGUUCCAUCUACCGAGCGAAGGCCACACUCACUGAUGGGCAAGAGCGAUCUUUCAUUAUUAAGGGCCCAGCUGCUGGAGCAGCGUUGUCCAGUGCGACAACGGAAGCCAGAACCUUUGAAAGAGAAGUCACGAUGUUGGCGCAAGUCAUUCCGCAGAUGGAGGCUCUGUUAGAAGAAGCAGCCCCCGGCCGGUUCCCACCAUUGGCUCCACGUUGCUACCACCACGGCACCUCCCCCGUGGAGUUCCUGGUGAUGGAGGACCUGGCCCCUCCCGGCUUCAAGCUGGCCGACCGGAAGCGGGGCCUGGGCCUGAGGCACAGCGUGCUCGCGCUUCGAACCCUGGCCCGCUUCCACGCCGCCUCGCACGCGCUCUUGCAGCGCCAACCGGAACUGGCGGAGACGCUUGACAACACGUGGAGGGCCAUCGAUAAGAGCAUGAGGGUUUUCGUCAAGGGGCAGAUCCAGGGGGCUGUCGAAGCCACCCGCUCGUGGCCUGGCUUUGAAGAGUGCGCCGACCGACUGGAGAAGUUCAAGGACGUCGCCAUGGAUAUGUUUGCCCAGCUAAAUGAUCCGAAGGACGGGGCUUUCAACGUCAUCACCCACGGAGACUACUGGGUUAACAACAUGAUGUUCAGCUAUGAAGACCAAGCGGUGAAAGGACAUCGAGCACUUGAUUUGCAACCUCAACGACCACAUCCACGAGCACCACCAAGAUCUGCUGCUGCGGGAGUACCACUGCGAACUCAAGCAGACCUUGGAGCUCCUUGGACUUCAGAAAUCAUAAAAUGUUUAGUACACCUUGAAAGGAACGAAGGCUUUAUGGAUCAUUUAAAUCAUCAAUAUCAUUCUUAUGUCAAUCUGGCCAAAUUGCCCAUUUGGAAAUGCCCUUCCAAAUGGAUAAAUAAUAAAUGCACAGAAGAAGUGGAAUCAUUGAUUGAAAACGCGGGAAAAUGUGGUGACAAU